CCCUCCCAACACUGUGAUUUUGACUCCUUGGCCUGCUGGUUUGGUUUUUUUAAACUGCCCCUGUUCUGAUGUUGCCUGUGCUCCCCUUCUGAGCCGGAGCCAGUGCUGUACUGACAGAUGAACACAGGCGUGGCCAGUCACGAAAUGCACCCCCCCCGGGGAGGUGGCCAAGUCCUGGGAUGGGGGCAGGCUGUGCGUUCGUGCACCAGGGGCGUGGGGUGCGCUGGCUGCUUCAGGAACGGUCUGUGUCAUUAUGCCAUCUGGGCCCCGGCUUGUGCCAGCACAGAGAGCGAUUCAAACACGGCAUCCUGGCGCCAGGAGGUGAGCGUGGGAGCCGGAAAACGGAGGCUUUUUACUCAAGAGCAACACCAUCCUCCGCUCGCAAAGAAGCUCUUUUCGGGAGGCUGGCCUGGCUCCGCGCUCCUCUGCUUCCAAGAAGGGUAUGAAUUUAAGGCCAAGAACAUCAAAAAGAAGAAGGUCAACAUCAUCAUCUCAGUGGAUGGAGUGAAAGUGAUCUUGCGCAAGAAGCAGAAGAGAAAGGAGUGGGCCUGGGAUGAGGGCAAGAUGGAGGUCAUGCACGACCCCGUAUACAGGAUCUUCUACGUCUCUCAUGAUUCCCAGGACCUGAAGAUAUUCAGCUACAUCGCCAGGGACGGCGCGAACAACUCUUUCCGGUGCAACGUCUUCAAAUCCAAGAAGAAGACGCAGGCCAUGCGGGUGGUUCGGACAGUGGGCCAGGCCUUCGAGGUCUGUCACAAGCUGAGCCUCCAACAUGCCCUGCAGAACGCCGAUGGCCAGGCGGAUGGAGCCAGCAACAACUCCGCGGAUGACCCCCAGGUGGAAGGUUUCCAGCUGGCUGGGGCAGCAAUGGCUGACGAAGAAAAUGGCCCAGAGGGGGCAUUUGCACCUGACUUUGGAAGCUGCGAGCUGCGCUUGGCCGCACCCAACUUAGGGGUCCCACAAUCUGGGAUGAUCCUGAAGGACAGGAGCAGCCAGGAAAAUGAGACCGGGUCGCUCCGCCCUUCCACCGCACAGCCGCUGGGCAGUCCUGCAAGCCCCAGCUCCUCCGCCUCCGUGACCCCGCUGGCCUCCCAGCACUGCCUCCAGCUCCUCCAGCACCAGCUCCUCCAGCAGCAGCAGCAGACGCAGGUGGCUGCAGCUCAGGUGCAGCUACUGAAAGACCAGCUGUCAGCCGAAACCACAGCCCGGGUUGAAGCUCAGGUCCGUGUCCGGCAGCUCCUGAUGACCAACCGCGAUCUCCUCCAGCACGUCUCCUUGCUAGUGAGGCAGCUCAAGGAACUAGAGAUCAAGGUGCACCUACGACAUCCAGUUGACCGUUCGCUGCAGAACCUGACGCUGGCUCAGUCGCUCUCCCUCAACUUGAAGAACCACUACAGCCUUGAAAUCAACCUGCCAUCCACCUCGACACCGGCCAGCGUCCUGGGCAGCCCUGUGGCACAGAUGGGCAGCGCUUGCGAGUCUUACCUGAAUCUGUCCAACCUGGAGAAGGGAAGCCAGCUGAGCCACUGGGCAGAGAGCGAGGAGCACCUGGCAGUCCUGGAGGGGCCAGACGGCCUUCGCAGCGUGGAGGGUUCUGAGGCCGCAGACUGUGCGGUGCUGGGAAGAACCGGCCGGCAGAAGAGCAGCAACCUGGGCACUCCAGCACAGGAGGAGAGGUUGCAGCCCCUCAUCCCCAAGCUGAACCCACCCCCUCCAACCCUGAGGAGGAGGUCAAGCAAAACCACCUCGCCCAGCCUAGAAGCAGAGACGGACGCCACAGCAGCAACCACCAGCACCACCACCUCUGGGUCCGGCCACAGCACCUCCACACUCACCAGCAUCACCAUCUUCUCCCUGGCCAGCUUGGAGUCUGAGCCCAGGACGCUGGGAAGAGGUCACACUUGCGGCCGUGCCGAAAACCAGGUGGCCCUAAGCCAGGAGCGGGCUGGGGAGGGUGGACAGGCAUCCCUGGCAAAAGGGGCCUUGGGACGACCCGAGAAAGGCCCCUCUAGGGAUCUGGAUGGCAGCUUGUCUCUCCGGCGUCCUUUCCUCUCCUCGGCCGGCAAUGAAACCUGUUUGCGCAUCAGUCUUUCGGAGGACGAGCUGGACACAUCAGGGGCCUGCGUUGCCCGUGCAUAAACCAUGCACUUGGGGAGCAGGCUAUUAGCUUGCACUGGUUGCCAGGCACAGAUUGGGGGGUUAGAGGUGGCUUGUAGGGUGCUGCGGCGCCAGAGGGGAGUCUCUGAAAUGGCCACCAGUGGAGGCUGGCAGUUCCGUAAGAGCAAAAGUGGGAGACUUUGAGCCAGAAGCCGCGUGGUCUCCAAAAGAAGCGAGCUGGGAGGGUCUCCUGCCUUUGUCUUCCACACAAGCAGAGGUCCUCAACAGACACCAGGAAAUGACCAGAAGCCUUGACAAACUGGCUGACCUGGCAUGGAGGAACACCUAAGGACCUCGUGUCACCCAGGGUACAAGCACCAGUAAACAACCAGGUGCAAGGUCCUCAGUCUCUGUGCCCCAGGGAAAGAGCUCAGCACGACUGGCUGAAAUCUAGACUGUGUGCCACAGAUUGUCCCCCCAGCCAAGAAAAGCUGCUUGCAGUUUUUGGGGGGCAAAAGAGGUAGGGAGAGGGAGGUCGUGGGUGGCCUGUAGCAUUCAGCAUUGUGAGGCAAGGUUAGCACCUGAGCAGGGUGGGUGGUGGUCAUCCCAAUGGUCACUUCCAGAAGUCUCCCCUGGAAUGAGAGGGUUGCACACAGGUGAUAUUAGUACAGUAUUUUGAAGUCACUUGAUAGUAGAAGCCCAGCCCCCUUCCUGGUCGAGAGGGUCAAGAAGCCCCAUCUUGGACGCCCCUGUAGGAACCAGUGCAAGGGCAUCUUGGCUGCCAUUUCCAGACCAGGCGUCGGCUGUUAGGCCAGAGAGGGGCUGUGGUGGUGCCUUCCAAAGACCUUACCUCUAACCUCGGGGGGGGGAUGUUGAAGGUGCAGGAAGUUUGCACCUGAAUGAAGGAGAGCCACCCUUCAGAUUCCCCCCCCCCAAUUUCCCCCACCUGCAGACCAUCCCUUCCUUCAGCAGGAGUUUAGUGGCACAGAUGCUCCUUUCGGUUUUAUUUUAUUCUGAGGCUGGAGAAAUUAAGCAUAUUGGUGUUUCCUAGAUCCUGAGGUAGUUAUUAUCAUUUCUGUUUUCCUAUUCCUUCUCAGUAGUGGCACCCACCCUGCGGAAUGCCCUCCCAUCAGAUGUCAAGGAAAUAAACAGCUAUCUGACUUUUAGAAGACACCUGAAGGCA